UGGAGAGGAAGUUAUCCACGCGAACAUGUUGAUUGGCGGCUCAUUGGUUCGAGGCGGCUUCGUUGCUUCCUUCCUUCCUUUCUUCCUUCCUUCCCUCCCUCCUUCCUUCCUUCCUUCCGUCUUGAUGUGGCUUGUACUUUGUUGAGGGUACCCGUUUGCUGCAGCUGGCUGAGAAGAACUUAUUCGUUCGGUAGUGUGGCUGUUCCCAAGGCUACUUACCGCGCUUUGGGAGAUGGUUACUUGUCAAUAUGUCUAACAAGUUCCGCUCUUUUGGUCAAUUUCUGCUCGACCCUGGUGGGUCCUAUGGUCGCAAUGAAGCUGGACAUAAGACUUGAGCGCGUUCAGAUCUGCAAUUGCUACGCCUGCCCCAUGAAUUUCAAGCAAGACAGCUGAUCGAAAGACUUGAGUUCCUUCAGCGCUGCCAAAAGCAAGACGCCUGUUCCGUGCACGUCAAUGGCUACUCGCCGACCAAGCUGGUGAUAAGACAUGCAGAUGUUUGCACAGCAAGUAGGCAGUGCCUGCCCACCCUCUCUGAAGGAGUCGAAGCCGAGCGUACAUGUGGCCAACAGCAGUGCAAGCGAUUGGAGGAAGAGGUAUUGGCAUUGGCUUGAUUGCUUGACUUGCGGUUCACUGGAAAGAGCCAGCAACGAUGUGAGAUCAGACCAAGAAGCACCAAAGCCCGUUGCACGGGUGGCCAAAGGACAAGGAGCACCGAUUUGGAUCGACUGGAGUGUGUGGUGCGCAAGCAACCAGGCACCGAGCCACGGGGGCGGCAGGGUUCAGGUGUUGUGUGUGCUCAAAGCCGCAUACUGUUUGCGAGCGCCAAGGUCCCUAGAAAAAGUGCGCUUUAGCGUGGCGAGCCUUCGGCUGAAGUUCACUGCCCCUGCCUGCAGCUGCCAAUUUGGCCAAGUUGCAAGCAUGCUCAUCUGCCAAAAAUGAACGAAAUGCUAGUCUAAGGUGAGUCCACGACGGUCAAAUGGUUGAUCAAUGAGGCCAGCCUUUGAGCUGACAGCCUUGUUGCAGGCAGUGAGCUCUGCGCCGCGAGCUUAUUCAGUGACUGGUUAGGCUGUUGUAAGCAUUGCAGCUGUCGACAUGACAGAUGUCUUCAAAGGUGACAAUCAGUGUGUGCUGCGUGCGGCCCCGAUCCCUCCUUCCUACCACUACGCAGUGUUGGUGGACGGUUGGGCUGCACUUGUCAGCUGAUCGCGCCGUAUGUGCUAUCGGAAAUCAUACGUCAUAUGCGCAUUUGUCACGCUUGGCUUGGCAACAAUCCCUGCGCAGCAGGAAAGCCAUGGGAAGUGCGCUCUCGUGCAGCCAGUCGCCUUAGGCCAAGCUGAGGCUUGGAGUCUCUUCAGUGUUGGCGGCCAUUUGGGCUGCAGUUGCAAGCACGGCUGGCCGGCAUCGCGCACGGAUGUAUGGAGCGCCCGCUAGAACGAAGCACUUGGGCAUCACGCUUGUAGAGUGAGCGAUUUCACAUGUUUGGCAACAAUCCCAGCUGCACCGUCUCACUGGCAUGUCGGCUUCGUAUCCGAUAGACUGUUUGAACCAUCCAAAGUCACUACCUGAACCGCCUGAACCCUCAACAUUCCCUGAAAAAUCGGUGAAAGCCCCGAAAUUAGGGGGUGGAUGCCUGUAUUGAAAUGCCAGCUUGAGGGUCGAGGUAGCUUGGGUAUGCGCUUCGGCGCCAGGCACCGCAGAUCUGCGUGCAGAACGUGCGCGCCGCACGCGCGCGUGCUAUCUUAAGACGGCAGGCUCGAGAUAUCCCACUCCGUUACGAGCACUUGAUUCGUGAUAGGCGCUUGACAUGGUACUGUUCGCUGCAAGGCAACAAGCCUUUUGCUUUCUCCCUUUGGCAAGGUGCUCGGCUCCUCACUUGCGUGCUAGGAGCGGGGAAGCGUGCAGCCGCAUUUGCCUUAGGCCUAGCUGACUGCCCAUGCUUGGCCCUUUUUUACCCCUGCUUCCUAUCUUGAAUUCACGCAGCGUUGGCGGGCGGUGCUGUGUUUGCAAUGGCAGCCGCAGAUCUCAGCUUGCAGAUUGUCUUUGGGCACCCGUUUCACUGGGGGCAUUAUUUUGACUGUUUCUGGGGGUUAUCAAAGUCAGAAAUUGGAUUCGGUUCUUUCCCUAUAACCCACCACUGAACGGGGGUGACUUUGAUCAUGGUAAAACAAUGAGGCCAGUUUCAGCCAACUUGCUGAAAAAAGGCGAGCUCCUGACGGAGUCUAACUUAUGUGGCCAAGAUUGCUGCGAGCUAGAGGGAGUUGAUCAGUCGCUUUGGAAGACAAAGACGUUCCAAUCUGUCGAAUGCGCCAAGGUAGGCCUUGAUCAGAAAACCUGAAAUAAGAUCUGCAUACUUUCUGAGGGGUAAAACGAGCUCACUUUGAUACACAUCCUUAACUAGAAAACAAUAUGGGGACUUGUCAUGUGUGUCAAGACUCCCUGUAGCAGAGUACAUGCCGCGGAAGUUGCUCUCGUGCAGCCAGCCUUUGCCAGACCCUCCCCUGCCUGCCCAAGCUUUGCUCGAAACCUGCUUCCAAUUUUAUUUUUAUGCAAUUUUGGUGGUUUGGCCUGCAUGUAUAAGCAUUGCGGUGGGUGGCUGACUGAUCGCGCCGUACUAUCCAGAAUAAGCUCAGGUGAUAUCCCCAACAGCAUGCUGUGCUCUUUUUAGUGCUCGCACCACCCCGCAGCCCUCGAAGAAUCUCGUGGAACCCUCGUGGAACCCUCGUGGAACCUUACCUUAGGGCUGCCCCGGACCACCACGGAGCCUAUCUGGGCUGAGACCCCAAAGCUUUCAGCUGUUGGGGAAACAUGAAAAAAUCAACGCAAGUCCCAAUUUUACACCAAUCCGCUUCAGUGAGCCCUUUGUGGUUGCCAGCGAACACUUCAGCGUAUGUGGAUCAUGUGCAACAGCCCGGUGACCUGCCAGGGGAUUGCGCUCUCGUGCGGGUGGAGCAGCUUUUUUUGCCUGUGGCCUAAGCCCGUCCUGUCUUGAGUGUAUUCGUGGCCAUUUGCGAGCGCCGCGCGCGCAGAUGUUUGCCCUGCGCUGCAUGUGUUAUUCGGAAUGGCGCAAACAAGGCAAGGCAUGCAAGGUUUCGCCACACCUCAGGUGAGCCCUUUGCAAUCCGUUGCAGUGGCUGGCAUCAGCAACGUGUUCAGUGGUUACAUGCCAGGAAAGUGCGCUCUCGUAUAGCCAGCCUUCGCUUUAGGCCAACCUGACAGCCCCUGCCUGCCCAAGAUGCCCGAACUCUGCUUUCUACCUUGAAUUUAGGCUGGGUUGGGGGUCGAUUGGGCUGCGUUCGAAAGCAUUGUGGUUGGCACAUCACAGAUGCUUGCAACGCAGGUGACUGCUUGUGCCAAAUUUGCUAUCCGAACACGAAAACACAAUGCCACAACGCAAUUUCCAUGUUUACCGAUCCGCUUGGAGGAGCUGUCCUUUUCAUGUAGGGCUAAAGCAACGAUGCAACGCAGGGCACUUGCAUUUCGUGUGGAUUGACGUCAGCUAUAACUUGGUUUUAUAUUCAAAGCUGAGUCCGUGGUAAGACGACUGGCACUAAAUAUCUGCAUUGCUCAGGCCGAGCAUCGGAUAUUCGGGGCCAACUCAGAGCCCUGACGCCGGGUUUCCAACCCAGGCAUUUUGCCGCUUUUCUCCGAAAGAGCUGCAGGGAUUCAGAACAACUCAGUGCCCAGCCCGAACGCUCACGUCUGGCGCACUUUUUUGCACCCCUCCUGCCCUGAAUGUGUUUCUGGCCCAAGAAAGUGCGCUCUCGUGUAGCCAGUCUGCGCCGCAGGCCGAGUUGACUGCCCCCUGCCCAAGCUUUGCCCGCACCCUGCUUCCUAUCUUGACUUUAUUCGGUGUUGGCGGCCAAUUAGGCCGCAUGUGCAGGCGCCGCACAAAUGUCAUGUGGCCGCAGCGCAGGAUGUGUGCGCCGCAUGUGCUAUCGUACACCACUUGAAAAGACACGCGUUCGAUAUAUCAAAAUCCGUUCCGAACGCUUGAUCAGUGAUAUGGGCGUUUGACAUGCUAAUGUUCGCUGCAAGGCAACAAGCCUUUUGCUUUUGGCUAGCGGCUACUGCCCCGCUGCAAAGUGCUCGGCUCCUCACCGGCGGUUGAGGCCCCAUCAGACAGCUGCGAGAAGUGCGCUCUCGUGCUAUAGCUGACUGCCCCUCCCAUGCUGUGCCCGAACCCUGCAUCUCAACUUGCUGUCAUUUGUGGGUCUCGCUUCGCCCCCGCAAGAGGGUUGCGACGGGGUCUGAAGGGGUUUGGGGCUUCGGCUGGUUUGACUCCGAGAUCUUCCAACUGCACGAUGUUUUUCGCUCGGACAUAAAAUCAUCCAUCUUUCUUGAACACCAUGCCUUUGCUCAAAAAGUGAUCGCUUUCCUGAUUAUGGAAAAAGAGGGACAGCUAAAAAGUACGCUUUUUGAAAAUGCGCCCGUUUGCGCGAAAUUGCACCCUAGCUGCGUGGAAUUGCGGCCGUUGUGCGGCCUCAUUCCUUGGCCGGAAUCACGCUGUUUCACACAUGUUAUGCACGAGUCCCCCCGAAAAAAAGCACUCGUUCCGAAAAAAAUGCUUGCGUUUCCCCUAACAGUGGCAUCGUUUUGCCGAGAAGUUUCCGUGUGGGGCUGCGGUUUCAAGAAGAACAUGCCACACCUUGAUCUAUGUUGCCAGCUAGGCUGUUGCAAGCACGGCCGCUGAGAUGUACACGGAGGAACCUGUGCACGUGUGCUUGCGGCGUGAAAAAGGCCACUGGUUCUUCACAUCCCAAGUGGAUCUCCGAUUGCAGCGUGCCUCAGAAGUAGAAGCAUUGGCUAGACCAUGUGCUAGAUUUGGCUAGCAUUGGCUGCAAAAAGUUAGGCGCGAGAUGUGUGAACAUGCGCUAGUGGCCGCUUCAAAAAGACACUUGUUCUUCAUAUCCCAAGUCCUGGAUCUUCCGAUCGCACCGUUUUGCCUCGGGGAAUAGAAGCGUCGAAGCGUUUGCUUGCAAGGAUAACUUUUGCCAUCUACUCGAAAAGUGAUCGUUUUCCUGAAUGUGGAAAGGAAGAGGAGCAACUAAAAAGUGCGCUUUUGGGAUUGUAGCGGGGAAUCGGGCCUGUUGCACUGCCGAAGUACACACUUCAUGAGGCCCGAAAAAGCCAGUUUCGAAAAGUGCCCGGUUUCCUCAAAAAGAGAGGCUUUCCCGAAAACAGUCCUUUUUGGGGUGCCGGAAAAAACAUGCCAAACGAAGAUCUAGGGUGGCAGGAGCGCAGCGCGGCUUGCGCCACCGACGUGGUGCGACCCGGUACGAGACUCCAAGCGCAUGAGCAAACACACAGAUAAUCAGUGUGUUCCGCUGUGUCCCCAGAUGCGAACACAAACAGGAAAUGGCGAUGUAUGCCGCAAGCAACCUGAAAGCAGCGCGAUUCCCCAAGCCCAUUUGUUCGUGUGAUCCCUUCGCACUCUUAUCACUUGGUGUCAGGAUUUGUAGCCUCUCACUGCAUGGGCUGCAGACAAAACCCGUUGCCACCAUGUUGGGCAGCUUCUCUGAAACAGCCUCACGCUUUUGGCUAGCGACUGAUGCCCGUUGCAAUAUGCUCGGCUCCGUCCGCAGGGCGCUCGGUACGUGACUGAAGUGCAAAGGUCCCAGAGUGCGCUCUGACCGUGUACGCGCGAACCAUUCUCUAAAUUCAACUGGCCAAGGAAGGUCCAACAUUCCGAUGUCUUUCCUCUGAUUGCACCGCCAGGCAAAGAUACCCAGAGAUGAGCUGGCGCUGAGAGACCAGAUAAGACAAUAGGAGAAGCACAAAAAGGCCUACCUGGACCCUCAAUCACCCUUCGUUUUUGGGGUGGUGCUGUGUUGCAUUCAUUUU